AUGCAGAUAGGGUCCUCCAGUCAAAAAUUCUUUCCGAAUGUCAGCGGAGAAACUCUCAUUUGCGGAUCGAAAUAUGCAACUUUGUAUGAUGACAUUCGUGAUACAAAAUGGCGAGAGUGGGUUCUAAACGAAGAACAAUCGAGACCAAUUAUAAAACGAGCACUUGAAUUGGGAAUUAAUUUUUUUGAUACAGCUGAUGUGGUAGGAGAAUUAAGAGACAUUCGGUAUUCGUUUGGUGUAUGUGAAGAGAUAACUGGACGUGCAUUGAAUGAUUUUGCUAUUCGCGAAGAAAUUGUUGUGGCAACAAAAGUAUUUCGCACCAUGUCCGAUGGACCAAAUCAGAAAGGCUUAAGUCGAAAACAUAUAUUCGAUGCUUGUGACGCGAGUUUAAAACGUUUGAACAUGGAUUACAUUGAUUUAUAUCAAAUUCAUCGUUGGGAUUACGAAACACCGAUUGAAGAAACAAUGGAAGCUCUUCAUGA